AUGCUCGGAAUUUUUUACUAUUGUGUUUAUUACAUUCUAUUCUUAUGUUGUUGCUUAGGUGAAGGGGGUGGGGGCGGGGGCGGAGGCGCGGCGCAACGGUGCGCGCGCGAUGCUGCGGCGUCGCCUGCGCAUGCGCCGACGCCGACGCCAGCGCCUCCUGCACACGCUCCUCACGUCAAGAGCGAGAGACUCAGCCCUCACGACUCCAACGCAUCACGGUCCCGGAGCGUGACGCCGUCGACUUCCUCGUAUCCGGGCACACCACCCGAGCGGGGCAGCCCUCACGCCGCGCCGCAACCCUCGCCGGCGCACCCGCCCCGCAACUAUUCGGACAUCAUGCGCUCGCUGGCCGCUAGGUACAACGCGCAGCCGAAUAACGAUUAUUUUCAUCGCAUGAAUGGCUACGGAGCGGAGGCCCGGGCUGCAACGCCGGCGCAAGCGGACACAAUCGACGCGCCCCUCGGAGGCCUGUUCGCAAAAUUGGCCAAACAACAGGGAGGUCCUCCAAGACUACCAGCAUUCCCUGUCAUGUUCGACAUGAGCUCCACAAAGACUUUAUUAGCGAUCUCGCGGAUCAGUCGAAGCGGGAGGUCGCGUCGCAAGCGCACAGGAGCGACCGGAUCGACCGCGGAGCACAGUCCUCUGGACCUCUCCGCGGCGGGCGAGAGUGCCGCAAAACGGGCUCGACUCUCGGCCAGCCCCAGCGCCAGGAGUGACAGCGACGACCGGGAUAGAGUCUCCACUGAUGGUCGUAGCGAGCCCCGGGGGGAGUGUCUGUGCGCGGAAGCUAGAGCGCGUCUUUCGGCUUGGUCCGUCGAUGACGUCUGCGAUUUCGUGAAUUCUAUCGAUAUCUGCGCCGAAUACGCAUCGAACUUCCGGGAACAGAGGAUCGACGGCGCUGGCCUCCCGCUGCUGACCGAGGACCACUUGACGGGAAUGCUGCAGAUGAAGCUGGGGCCAGCGUUGAAAAUGAAAGCGGUGUUGGCGAGACGAUUGGAGCCGUGCGCCCAAUGCCAGGCCAAUGCUCCAAUAGCCAGCGCCCAAACGUCACCCACCAGUAUUGCAUCGAAAAUCAAUGGAACUUCAGUGAAAUCCGAACCAAGGAGCAACACGACCAGUCCCAGUUAGAAAACAAAAAACAUUGUAUAAUAAUUUAACUGUACUUAGUCUUAGAAAUAAUUUUGUUCCUCUUGCGAUUUGUUUGUUGAUUAAUUAAUGUGUUUAUUUCUUCGGGAUGUUACGUAUCGAACCAAUAGAUGUGGGUAGGUUCGUCUUAAAAUUGAAUCAUACUGUGUACUUACUACUUAUGUUUCAUACUAAUGAAAUGCAUAAUGACGUAAUAUAGCCAAUCAGUAAUAAUAUAAAUGUAUCCUUCUUAGUUACAAUAAGAUCUCAAU